AGCCUGACCUCAGCCAACACUUACUAAAGUGUUUCGGAUAUGUGCACGUGAAACUGACUGUUUUCUACACAUUGCUCUGUGAAAAGGUCGGUGUUUCUUUCGUUGCCAUAAAAUUUGUGGCGUAGAGUGCAUGUCGACAUUUUAUUCGCUUGGCGUGUCUGCGCAAAAUGUCCCUUGCUGCCUUCGUGUGCCUUCUGUUUGGAACUGCCAUAGGAAGGCACCACAGGAGUACGGUUUACCCUGUAGUGCUUGAAGAACGUAGUGAGAGUGACGCUUUGGUCCUCCGAAUUCACCAUGGGCUGUCGCUUAAGCUUAGCAAGGUUUCAGUUGCCACAGAAGCCCUCAGGCUUAGAAGCAACUUCGAUGGGAUGUUCACCGAUCACAUUAUAAAUGGGACGGAAAUCCAAGCAUCAUUGUUUGAAGACAAAGUCAACAUGGCUACCUUGUCGGUCGAAAAGACUUCCGAUGGUGUCAAAGUAAUGGGAUUGCUUAACCCUACCGAAAGAAUUGAGCCGGCUCUCUUUGAACGAAGAUUGAUUCCGGGUAGGCUACCCCACGUUGUGAAGAAGAUCCAGCAGCCCUUAAGCUUGGAGCGGAUCUCUGAACAGAAGCUGAAAGAGAUUUCAUCCAGAAAAGACGUCCCCACGAAUAUGCCUAACACUGUACCUAUUGAAGUGUACAUCGUGUCUGAUGAAAGUCACAAUAGAAGAUUCGCUGACAGUGACUUUCUGGUGUAUAUAUGCAUCUUCUUGAAUACCAUAAAGAUUAUAUUCAAGAACCUGGUUAGCCCAUCUGUAGAAGUAUUGCUUGUUGGGGUGGAAAAAAGCAGCAAGAAUCAAGAAUAUGAAUACACUUUUGGCAGUGAUAAGCUUAUAAAUGACGUGACUUCAUUGCAUAUGCUCGAAAAAUAUGUGAUGGGUCAUUUGAAACAAUACGGAUAUCCGGACGUGGUUCUACUUCUGACAGGGCGCGAUAUUUACGAAAGCUCUCUUGGUGGAAUAAACAAAAAUGUUGCAGGAAUUGCGUACGAAGGCGGCGUCUGCACCGAAAGGCGUGUGGCUUUGGCAGAAGACACUCCGGGUGCAUUCAGUGGCAUUAUUGACGCAGCGCAUGAACUUGGACACAGCCUGGGUGCUUCGCAUGAUGGAACUAGACCAAACACACUUAUACCAGGACACCCUGGUUCACUGAAUUGCUCUGCUAAAAGCGGUCGCCUAAUGACGUACGUCGAUGGUGGACAUCUUCGCUACAGAUUCUCUGAAUGCAACGAAAGGGAAAUUCGUCACGUGCUUAGAGAACGUGGUGAGCAAUGCUGGAAAAUCAACGCUCCUAAGACGUACGCCAUGCGAGGUGUUUUUCCGGGUGCCAUACUCAAAGUGGCCGAUUACUGCAAGAGACUUUACAAAAGCAACCAUGUCUAUGUUUCAGCGGUACUUAUGACGAUCCUGUCAUGUAGCAUCACGUACCAUCACGUAAUGACGUCAUCAGAUGUUGUCUUACUCAAAGGAGAUCGGAUCAAGUAG